AUGUCGAAAAUAAAUUUGGUGUACUCGUGCAAAAAGUCUUACGGACCUUGUGCUAAAAGAGCGAGAUGCGAUCAGGUCGUCCCCGCACUAGCAACACCAUCAUCAUCUUCUUCGGCAUCAUCAUUAACCUCAUCAUCAAAGGAUCAGAAGUCUUCCAUUGGAUACUUCGACUUACUGCCUUACGAAAUGAAUUUUUUAAUCUUCUCAAAGAUGACUGCUCUAGAACUAAGCUAUUUGACCAUCACUUCCAAAGCCAUGAGAAAUUUAGUAGAGUCAUACAGAAAAUCAGAGAAGGGACUUAAAAAUAUUCUUACAUAUCCAUUUGCACAUUCUAAACCAAUCCCCGUUGAUGACGUGAAAUAUUUGAAGCAGUUUAGAGAUAUAGGUUUACUAUUGAAACGUUCAACAUGCUUAUAUAGCACAAAAGACCGAUUAAAUCUCAUUCUCACAUUUCUAAACAAGUUCCAAUGUAACUUGCACCAUGAGUGUUUUGCCACCCACAGCUGUAUCUCCUUGACUUGUUAUGGGAUGAUGCUGCACACAAUUAUUGCUGGGUGGGAUGAUAAGGAGUGCACAAAAGCUUUUGAAACUGUCUGCCACAUCAGCUGCAUGGACCACUUCCUAAAUUACUUGAAGAUUAAAUCAAAUGGUGAUGGCUUGUCCGGUGACAUUGAGCUGCAUGUAAGAUAUUUCUUUCGUCGAGUUUUCUUCAAUAACUUCAACUCAAAAGCAGAAAAAGCUUUCUGGUUAAGUUUGUUGCUGAAGAGGUUUUCGUGUGCCAACAGGGCUCAAAUAAUUUUCCUCCUUUUUGGACCUUCUACAAAAGAUGGUGUGCAGUGGUAUGAGGUAUGCGAGAGCACUCCGGCCAACAAAGAACAGACAGUUUUAUGCUUUGGCAAUAUAUCAAACGCCCUAUUACUUCUCACUACAAACACCACUGACUGGAGUUACCCUGAGGAAUGGUUGUCAGAGAACGUUGCCAGCUUGCUGUUUUUGUUGGGCCAGGGAAUUACAGAAAAGAUUUUGGCUAUCAAAGCCAGUCAAGGUAAGAUUUCGGAGCUCUCCUACCUUAUAUCAUCCCUUGGCAUAGUGUGCCAUAAACAAAACCACCCCAUGACAUUCAUUGUGAAUAUAAUCAGAAAGGUGAUGUCCACGUUCAACACGGGGAGGAGCCAAAAGAAUUUUUUGCAUUCUGUCAUCGAUAUGUUUCGAGAAGUGACUUUUGAUAUCUUUGAUCUUGGAGAGCCAGUAGACGACGAGACAAUGAGAGAUGUCCACACCCUCCUGAACACGCAAGCAUCCCUGUCCAAAGAAAUUAUUCUUCUCGCCUUCAAGGAUCAGUUAAUUGUUGAUCAACCUGUGACAAAAAAUUGCUUGAAGAGUAAUGAUAAUGAUGGUAUCGAUGACGAUAAUUAA